AUGCUGGCAACGGUAAAGUCGCUAAAAUGCCUUUCUAAUGCUUUGAAUUUAAGAUUUUUCAGUAGAACUGGCGUUAAUUUUAACGAGAAAGUUUUAAAAAAUUUAAAAAUCGGCGCAAAGUCAUUUGUCGAAAAAUCGUUCAGCUUGGAGAAUGUGAAAACUUUCGCUGCUCUAAGUGGUGACUUCAAUCCAAUCCAUCUGGAUGAGAAUUUCAUACAAAGUACCAAGUACAAAAAGUUGAUUGUUCACGGUAUGUUGGUCAACAGCUUGUUGCCAACUAGCUAUUUAAAUUUUUUCUCUAUAUUUCUAGUUUUUGUGGACAAUAAAGUAAUAGCAGAAAGUGAAGUUAGGAGAGUAGAUGGGCUCAAAGUGACCAUAGAUUUAAAAUGUUAUUCACCUGAUUUGGAGAAUCCCAAAGUUUACAUAAAAGGUGAGACCACAGUUCUAGUGUCAAAAAAUGCAGUUAGAGAUAACAGAUUAGGGAAAGACUGA